AUGGUGGACUGUAUCGUAUGCGGCCUCAGCUGCGAAGAUGAUCAAACGUUGGAGAGGCAUUGGGACCGUUGCCAUCCUAGUCUUGCGAACAUCAAUCGUAGUGUAAAGGGCAUCCAAGUUACACCUCCAGCACCUAUCUUUUACUGCGAUGAGUGCUAUAUGAGUUUUCCAACUAUGGCGGCGUGCUCAAAGCACGUUAACCGUGACGUGUGUCGAGGUUCAAGACCUUACGGAAUGGCAAGAGACGAUUCAUGUCCGCUGUUAGCGAAAUGCUCGACAGUCUCCUCGACUAUCAUCACAUUUUUCGAUCAGAUCAAACCCAAGCGGGUCAUGGCAAAAAUGAAGAGACGCAGUCGAUGGAACUGCCAUCGGUAUUCAGUUAUCUGA